AUGAAUACUUAGGAUGAAAUACUAUUGUUAAAGAAGUGUAUUUGUGAAUUUUUAAAUAAAUUACUUCCCACAAUUAAGGAUCCAUUAAUUUUAACUAGAUAAAGACUUAGCUAAUUCAAAACUGUGCUAUUAGAUGAAUUAAAAACCAUAUAGGAUGUGUAUUUCUAUGUCCAAACACUCUAAUUUCAAGAAGGGUUAAUCUUAAGGACUGAUCCAAAGAUUGAGCAUUACAGAAAUCCUUCAGGAACUAAUUUAGACAUUUUGAAUCUAAAUUCAAACCCAACUAUAUCAGAAAAGAGAGUAAUUCCUAAUUCAUUAGGUUUAAAUAGAGGAAUAGAUUCUUUAUAAACAAAUGUUGGAAACUAUACGAACUUGAAGAUUGAGAAUACAACUACAACUUGUUAGCAAAAUCCAAAUGUUGAAGAUUAAUUAGAUAAGGAGAUUCCAAAAUUGGGCAAGGAUAUCUUUUUUAAAAGACCUUCAACAAGGAAGUUAUCUAUUAAGACUAAAGAUACUAAAGCUUAAGAAAAUAAUUAUAAACCAAUUGAUGAAAUUUAAAAAUUAAAUGUUUAUGGAUAAAGAGUAGAUACUUUUAGUGUUCUAAAUAAUUAUAGUAAGAAGACUUCCUUUUUUGAUAAGGAGACUUUGCUCAAUGAAAUUAAGGAGAGUGAAAAAAUAAUUCGUAAGCACACAACUACUUUAAAUGCUGUAUAUAGUAGAAGUUUUGAAAUUCUAACUGGUGACAAAGAAUAAAAUUCAGAAUAAUUAAACAGUAUUUAAUAAAGUUUACGUGCAUAAUAAGAUAUAAGAGAAUUAUAAAAUGCAUAAAGGAAUGCUACAUUGAAAGGGUAUUCGAUUUAUGCUAAGAAGGAUAAGGAUAUUGCAAAAUAGAGAAUUGAUGAAAUUGCAUAAAUAAAUGAUAAAAAGAAACUAUAUUUUUGA